AUGCAGUGCUUCAACACAAUUUUCAGACUCUUCACAGAUAUGGAUGAGGACAAUGAAAUCGGACUUCCACAGAAAGGUAUCAACCAAAUUAUCAAAGAAGUUGUUCCUGAAAUGCGAAUCGCCAACGAGUCGAGAGAUAUGAUCAAUGCUUGCUGCGUUGAGUUCGUGAAGCAUAUUGCGAGAGAAGCACAACGAAUUGCGAGCCAGGAUCAGAGAAAAACAAUAUAUCACGAACAUGUUCAGAAGGCACUGCAGAAUUUAGGAUUCACACCAGAUUAUCUCGAGGCCGCCGACAGUGUUCUCGAUGCCUGCAAGGUUGAAGCCGAGAAGAAGCUGCGAAGGAAGAACUCUCGUCUUGAAAAAUGUGGUAUUCCAGAGGAAAAAUUGUACGAAAUGCAACAAGAAUUAAUUCAGAAGGCACGCCAACAAGAAAUUGAGCAGCAGCUUGCUCACCAACAAGCACAAGCCGCGGCGGUAGCAGCCGCAAACGCACAAAUGUUUGGAGGACCAUCAGAGGGCUCUUUGGCUCCAACCGACGAUGACUACGACAACUAGAUUGUUUUUCUUCGCUUUUUUUUUCUACGGGUUCUCAUUUUAUUUCUUCAUUUGUGUAUUUACCUUGAUUCAUCAUCGAUAAUUUCUAAAUCUCUUUUUAAAAUUGUUGUACUAUAUUCCACCAUUUCCUAUUUUCCCCGUGAAUUUUUUUACUGACCCGCUCCAUAUUUCAAUGGCACGUCAUUUAGGGCACGAUUAGUUGGCGUUUUCCCCAGUUGUUCUCGGCUUCUCAGAUCAGUCCUGUUUUUGCCUUGCCAGUUGUCGAGGUGCGAAAAUUUUAAGCGCAAAUGUCAGAUUCUGAAAUAGCAUUUGAGAAGCUGAAAAUCUCUGGGGAGAAAGAAGGUGAGCCAUUCCCUUUUUCAUUAUCGUUUGAGUACUAUAAAUUAUUCACA